AUGGCGGAAGAGGACCGAGUUGAUAUCUCCGAGGAAGUCAAUCCACCGGUCCCGGUUCAUUCUCAACCGCCCCCGACACACGCCCCGCCGCCUCCCACUCUUGCAGGCAUACUUUCGGCAUAUUUAGGCGCCCCUCCGACACAUCUCCCGCCCCCGACGUCUUCAGGGGCGCCCCUUCCACAAGUCUCACUGACAUCAUCCGCCUCCGAUGACCAAACCCGCAUCACGGCACUUGAGGGCACGGUUAACCAAUUGGCUGCGAGCAUGGCCGCCAACAUGGCGGAACUGUUAGCUCUACUUAGAGGGUCGAACCGCGCAUCCUCGAGCUCCACACCUCCACCGGGACAAGGGCCAACAGUCGAUCCGAUCCCUUGGGUUCCGCCAACUCAAGUCCCGGAGAACACUGAUGCGCCCGCGCCGCCAACACUGCAUAUGUCCAUGGCUCACCCCUUCACCAGUCCAUUUCCGCCGCCACCGGCCCCCACGGCAGUCCCUCUUCCACAGGCAGCGUUCCUCACUUCAGAUCAGGUCCUAUCCGCGCCGCCACCUAUUUCCCUGCCGGCCCCAGCUGCGGCCUAUACAAUCCCUCCGCCGACGAUUUUUCCGGCGCCAAGCGCACCUGCUCCGACUCGCCCUCAAGUCGCGGAUCUUCCCUCCUAUCCGCCUCUACAACUUCACAUCAACUUCUCCUACCAAGCACGACCCCCUAUAAACACCACCUUCCUCGAACCAGGCACGCCGACUCACGCGGCCCAGGUCGCCUCACCAACGCACUUUUUCCCUGAGGCCGACGCCGAGCAAGAACGUAGACUGAAGCGAAUGGAAGAGACGAUACGAGCCUUACAAGCAAGUGAUACUCGACCUGAUGCACGCUACGGUGACUGUAGUCUUUUCCUGGGCAUGCAGCUACCCCCGAAAUUUAAGAUCCCGGAGUUCAAGACCUACAAGGCCAACCCCCUCCCUGAUCAUGGGCCGGGUUCGGGGCCCUCUAUCAACAUGAUCACCAUAUGCACCUCGGGGAGGGACGAGGACGCACAAGACAACCCCCUUCCCUUCGUGAUCGACUACACUCCUGAGGAGCCCACGGUCGGAUUCGCGGGACAUAUGGCCUCGCCGGCCCCUUUUGUCGUGGAUGUCCCCGCUCGAGAACCAUACUCAGACAGCAAGGUCCCCUGGACCUAUGAAAGAGGCAUCGGGAGCGUCGAGCAGCAGUUUAGUGUCAUGGGGGUGACACGUUCGGGGUGA